UUCACCUUUCCUUUCCUCUUUCCUUUCUGAAGCUGUUCAGAUCUGGCAGCUUCGGCUCUUACCUCACUGUUAUCCCACAUUUCACCUCUUCUUUCUUAUCUAUGUUUAUAUUCAGAUUGAAGAGGGAAAUGAGGAGAAUUUUGGGUUUUUGAUUUUGAAGACGUGAAGGGGAAGGGAAGAGAAGGAAGAGUAGGAUAGUUGUUAAGACUGAAUUAUCUAAGGGUGGUUUUUAGAGUCACUUCUUAAUGGUGGUUGAAAUGAUAUUGUUGCAGUAAAAAGAAGAAGAAGAAGAAAAUGGGUGUGUGAAGGAUUUGGAAAUCUGACGGACUAUGGACUUCUGAUUUCAAAUCGAGGGCGAUGGGACUAAUGUGGUUGAUAUCUUAGAUAUCUUCACUUUGUUUUCUGCAAAUUAUCUUUUCCUUCACCAUCUUCACUGGAAUUUCAAUUUGGAUACUUUUUUUUUCACGAAAUGCAGCAAGAUCACCGAAAGAGUUCAACAGAGAUGGAGCUUUUCUCUGAAUAUGGUGAUGCCAACAGGUAUAAGAUUCAAGAAAUUAUAGGAAAAGGCAGUUAUGGUGUUGUUUGCUCAGCAAUCGACACCCAUACUGGUGAAAAAGUGGCGAUAAAGAAAAUACAUGAUAUUUUCGAGCAUCUUUCUGAUGCGACCCGAAUUCUUCGUGAGAUAAAGCUGCUCAGACUUCUUCGACAUCCUGAUAUUGUUGAGAUUAAGCACAUCAUGCUACCUCCUUCCCGAAGGGAAUUCAAAGAUAUUUAUGUUGUCUUUGAGCUUAUGGAGUCGGAUCUUCAUCAAGUUAUUAAAGCUAAUGAUGAUUUGACUAGAGAACACUACCAGUUUUUUCUCUACCAACUACUUCGUGCAUUGAAGUAUAUACAUACCGCUAAUGUCUACCAUCGAGAUUUAAAACCAAAGAAUAUUUUGGCAAAUGCAAACUGCAAGCUUAAGAUAUGUGAUUUUGGUUUAGCUAGAGUUGCAUUCAAUGAUACACCAAUGACAGUAUUCUGGACGGAUUAUGUUGCUACAAGAUGGUAUAGAGCUCCGGAGCUCUGUGGAUCCUUUUUUUCCAAGUAUACACCUGCAAUUGAUAUAUGGAGUAUAGGGUGCAUCUUUGCUGAGGUAUUAACUGGGAAGCCACUAUUUCCUGGGAAAAAUGUUGUCCACCAGCUGGAUUUGAUGACUGAUUUGCUGGGUACACCUUCAUUAGAUGCCAUCUAUCGGGUUCGAAAUGACAAAGCAAGAAGAUACUUAACAAGCAUGAGAAAAAAGCUACCGGUUCCAUUUGAACAAAAAUUCCCAAAUGUAGAUCCCAUGGCCCUAGGUCUACUGAAAAGAUUGCUUGCCUUUGAUCCAAAAGACCGGCCAACAGCUGAAGAGGCCCUUGCUGAUCCUUACUUUAAAGGACUGGCAAAAGUUGAGAGGGAGCCUUCUUGUCAGCCGAUUUCAAAGAUGGAGUUUGAAUUUGAGAGGCGAAGGGUCACAAAGGACGAUAUAAGGGAACUAAUUUUCCGCGAGAUACUUGAGUACCAUCCUCAGCUGCUCAAAGACUAUAAAAAUGGAACUGAGACAACAAACUUUCUCUACCCAAGUGCGGUUGACCAAUUCAGGAAACAAUUUGCACAUCUUGAGGAAAAUGGUGGUAAAAGUGGGCCAGUUAUUCCACUUGAAAGAAAGCAUGUCUCUCUUCCCAGGUCAACAAUUGUACAUUUUAAAACAAAUGCCCCCAAAGAGCAAGCAAGCAUCAAUCCUUUAAAAGACAAGCAAAAUGCAGAAGAGGUAUACAUCAAAUCAUCCAGGGAAACUGAUGCUAUUCCUCUACAUUUAUCAAGGGCCUUGCAGGCACAACAAAAAAUUCCACAAGGAACGGUAGUCGGCCCAUUUGUGCCUUACGAGAAUAGAACAAUCAUGAAAGCUGCAUAUGAUCCAAGAACUUUCAUGAGAAGCAUGGUUGUUCCACCCCAGGCUGUCCACCCUGCAUAUUCUUAUCACAAAUCCGGACAGCUUGAAAGAACAACAAUGGAGUCUGUGAGGGAUUUACCCUCCGUAACUAAACGAGUUCCUCAGUGUGGUGUGGCAGCCAAAUUUGCACCAGAUAUAGUUAUCGACAUCGACUCGAACCCAUUUUUUAUGACCAGAGUUAAUAAGGUGGAACCCGGUAAUGACAGGAUUACCAUUGAUACAAACCUGUUGCAGGCAAGAUCUCAUUAUGGUGGAAUAGGUGUUGCUGCCACUACUCAUAGGAAGAUUGGAAGUGUUCAGUAUGGCACGACAAGGAUGUAUUAGCUAAUGAUGGAGAAGGGCUUUUAAAGAGAUCAAUUUGCAAUGGCAGGGAGGGAAAAAUACUGUAAAACGGAGAGGUAGCUUUCUCAGGUAAAA